ACAAAACAAAAAUAUUUAAAAUUCCAACUUUUUCGAUGUAUAAUGCAAAAUCAAGUUAUUAAUAUUAACGAUCUAAGUUGCCGUGUUUGUCUGGAGACAAACGAGGACGCCUUGCGUCUGCACGACGAGAUCCAGUACAAUGAGCUGAACUUUGAGUUGUGGCAACUGCUGGAAACCGUCUCCAAAGUGAAGUGCACCUGGAACGAAGCAGAUAUGCCGACCCGCUUGUGCCAGAAGUGUACACGCCGCCUGAUAGCUGCCUAUGAGUUUAUCCUCGAUGUGGAGAAUGCGCAGCACACGCUGCAGAACUUGUAUCUGCAGCAAACGCCAGCGACUACGACUACGAGUAUGAUGAAGGAUCCGGAGCAGAUGCAUGUGGAGGUUCUGGGAGUGUGCAGCCAGGACGAGUAUCAGCCCGUCCUCUGUGACACUGAGGAGGUGGCUGUGACGAUGGAUGCAGAGGAUGCCGUUGAAGCUGUGGUGGAUGUGCAAUUUUCACAAGCCGAAACGAUUGUCGAGCCAGUCUAUACAUCAGAGCAUCUACAAGAACUGGAGACGGGUAUACCAUUUGAGGCAGAAGGCGUGGAGGUUGCACAAAGCGUGAAAGCGGAGAAACAGGAACCUCCGGGUGGGACUAAGCCGCGUCCCUCACAGCUGGGCAGUCGGCUAACCCACUCACAGAAUUUCAUCUUCAAGUGUGCCAUUUGCCCGCGUGUCUUUGCCAAAAAUGAUUCGCUCGUCCGGCACACUGCCGUUGCCCACAGUCAGACAGCCGACGUGGCCGCCCAGGAGCUGGCAAACGAGAGCAGUGGAAGCGGCGUGCUCACCUGCAAGCACUGUCCACGCAUUUUGAAGCGUCAGGACACGCUGCGUCGUCACAUGCAGGCAUUCCAUCCAGAGGAAGCGGCCAAAGAUGAGGCUGAAUCAACUGCCACUUCACAGCGGAAGCGCACCGCCAAGCGUCGUGAGUGCCCGCACUGUGGCAUUAGUUUUCCCACCUCCAGCCUGACCAUCCACAUACGCCGGCACACGGGCGAGUAUCCGUACAAGUGCGGCCAGUGCGAGAAGGCCUUUCCGCGCAGCCAGGAUCUCAGCUUGCACAUGCGACACCACACGGGCGAGAGGCCCAGCGAGUGCAAAAUCUGCUCCAAGAAAUUCAUAUCCCAGAACAAGCUGUCCCGACACAUGCGCCUGCACACGGGCCAGCGUCCGUAUGCCUGCGACAAGUGUGACAAAAGUUUCGUGCAAUCCAACGACCUAAAGAUCCACAUGCGCCGCCAUACAGGCGAGCGGCCGUACAAGUGUGAUGUGUGCGGGGACAGCUUUGUCUCUGGAUCCCUGCUGAACGUGCAUCGCAAUCAGAAAGGUCACCUGGCCACUUGUGGAAACCUGAGCACUGGCGAAACCACCACUGAAGAUCCGUACAUGAAUGCACGUGUCAGCAAGCGUCGAGCGGAGGAUAUUGAGCGAAUGCGACUGAAGCGAGGUGCGGAGGAUGUACGCAACCAGCCGCAGAUGUCUCCGCCGCCGAUACAGUACUCGCCUCCAGAGAAGCCGCUCCUCAUCUACAAGUGUGGCGUCUGUGACUGGACCUUCAAGAGCGGCGCCUGCCUAACCAUUCAUCGCAAUAAUAUGUCCCACUACGAGAUAGGCAAAGUGGACUACGGCGAUCCAUUUUCAAAGGUAGUCAAGCGGCAUAGCUAAGAGAACAGUUUGGGGAUUUACUUUACGAUCUUUUAUUUAUUUAUUUAUUUAUUUACCCACAAACCCACCAGCAGGAGAUGGUGCCAGAAUCUAUUUUUAAGCAGUGAUUAAUAUCUUUUUAUUAGGUUGAGUAAAAACUGAUGACAACUAAAAUCAUUUAAAACUGAAGAGGAAAAUAGAGAAAAUUUACAUUUAACAAUUAA